GCUGAGAGCCACGCACAGCACCAGGUGGCUUGCGGUGUUAGACGCACACGCAGCGGCCCCGGCUGUAUCGUGGGUCGGCUAUCUUGCGGGGGUGUGGGUGGGCUUGCGUUAGCUAUCCCUCUGUGCUGGGAUUUGGUCACCUAUUUCCCCCUCCCGUGGGCUCGGGUCAGCUGUGCAGCUUGGGAACUCGUCAGCCAUCUCGAGGGAGCUCGGGUCAGGAAUCGAGAGCGGGCCAGCCAUCCCAAUUUGGUCGCCGUGGUUAGUCGAGUCGCGCUCGCGGUCGCCUGCGGUCUACUGUGGGCCCCCACUCUGUAGGGCACUAGGCAGCGCGGGCACGCUGGUGGCCGGCUGUUAUAGCCAGCAUGUGCAUGAGAUGCGUGCUCCUAAAAAGUUACAGCUUUACUUUUUUGAAUUUUUAAAAGUGAGAGUAUCAGUGUGUAAUUCACUAGCUAGCUAAGGUGAAUAGGCUAGGAGAUUUCCCCUGGAUCGGGCGUCCGGGGUCUGGUAGCUGAAGGUCUGGCCGCUUUAGAGGCUGAGGCGAUUGGCAUUUAGAGGCGGAAGCCAGGCCAUCUGCGGCCCAUGUGGUCCACGGAGUCUGGCUUUGAAAGAUUUGCGCUCUUUGCUAGGAAAUUGCUGCAUUUUUGAGGCUAUAAAAUGGCCACAAGAGUCGAGACCUCGGAUCAAAUUCUAGGGCGCUGCGGGUCGUCUCCGUUAAAAAGUUCCACUUUUUGGCGACCCCUACGGAGAGGGGCCCCAAAGAGCUCGAGCCGUCAACUUUUCCGGGCCCGCCUCCAUGAACAACCAGAGAAGCCCCGGAUGACCUGGCAGCCGCCUCGAAGUGCCCACCCCGCCAGCCUCCGGCGCGACCGGAUUGCCAGCCACAAGAGUCGUUCCGUGCAGUCCAGCGGAUACCCCCUAGCCCUCUUAACUAACUAGCAACUCAAGCCAAUAGACAGUAGCUAUUUGUUUUUUAAAAGAUAGAGUUGUAACUUUUUACCAAAACGCCCAUUAUGCUGGUCAUAGCUGUAGCAGUAGUUUUAGUAGCUCACAAAGGAAGCCCCUGCAGAUGUUUGGAGGAAAUUGCUCAAGAUACCGCGGGAGCUGGGCGGGGUGUGCUUCUUGUCAAGGUGUGGCGAGGCGCUCAGGAGGCAGGAUGGUUCAGCAUACCAGCGGGGCUUGGCGAUACGCGUGCGACGGUCACUCGCUCGCUUUGUCUCAAACUAGUUAGCUACCUAGCGUCGCCGGGGCCAUCGAAUGAGAAGCAAGCGGGGCGCCAAGUCGAUGACCUUCAGCAAAGCCCUUCAGCUAGCGCCCCCGCGUAA